UCCCCUUUCGUCAGAAGUUCGAUUCGACGGAGGCCAAAGAGGAAACCCUAAUUCCCCAUCUCUCCUUGUUGAACUGAAUUGUGAAAAAAAACACCGAAGAAUUGAGGAUACGGCAAUGGUGAAAACCGAAGUAAAAACUGAGAUGUUUGAGGACAUCAAACCUGAUAAGCAACCUUGCGUGGUUAGCUCCGAUGUCGUCUCAGAUAGGAAGUUCAAGAGAACUCUCCUUUGCGUCUCGAAACCAUCUUACCUUCUGGGUCUUCUUGGGCCAAGAAAUAGCCGAAGCGAGUACCUCAAACGAUUGCCAAAGAUCCUCCGUGAGCUGAUUCGAAAUAGAAACUGGAGAGAUGCAAGUAGUGUACUUAGCGUUUUGAUGCAAGGAACAAUGAGAGAUGGUUCACCAGCGAUGAAUCGGCUCAAAUACGAGUCUCAUAUACAAAUUCUGAGUCACUUGCAAUCUUGCAAAAACAACGCCGAUGAGAUUGGGAAAAUAUAUGAUACUUGGAUCGGGAAGAUUGGUAAACAGCAUAAAGAGGAGAAGCUCUUGGUUUGGUUUGAACAAAUUUGCCAUUUUAUCGAGCAUGGGAUGGAUAGUGUAGCCGAGAGUGCUGUAAUCAGCAUGAUGCAGAACCGUGAUUUGGCAAUGCUUCCACGGACCAAUCUAUUUAUAGGACUCACAUUCUACAGAUUGUGGUGUCGUAAAUUCGUGGCAGAGUUACAGCCUGAAGAUGUAGACUGCAGCGAGAGCAUAUCUAAUGUGUCGGAACCAAGAUCUGAUAUUAUGGUUGAGUGUUCGGUCAAGGAGGAGUCUGUUUACUCUGUGGAGUCGGAGGUUUCUGUUAAACACGAGUCAGAGUCUUCGGUCAUGAAUUAUAAACGAACUUCACAUAUAUCCAUCAGUGAUUUAGCGGAAGGGAUGGAUGUGAAGGUAAAACUGGAGAGUCCUCAGCAUUAUACCAAUCCACCACGACUCUAUGUCACCUCUGAAGAAAACGAAGACUCUUUCCAAAAUGGAGUUUCAUUUGAUCCCGCUCUUAUUCAAAUUCUUGGGGACAUGGAUCCAUGGUUGCUUCCUUUGAUACCACCAGAAGAUCCUGAUUGCUAUAGAAAGAUUGUUAAUGAUUCUUAUUUUAAGGAAGCAGUGAGAUAUCUGCGGCUUACGAUGCAGUCUCCCCGUCAUGUAUCACUAGCUGCAUUACAUCCACUUGUACAGCUUCUGUUAAUUGGAGGCCAUGUAGAUGAAGCGAUGAAAGUGGUCGAGCAGAUGUGCAACAAAGUACAUGACAUCAAACCUUUCAGGAUUAAGGCGGCUAUGGCGGAGAAGUUUCAUCCUAAGAGCACAAUGCUCGCAAAAUGCUACGAAGAUGUCUUAAAGAUUGAUCCUACUUGUGUAACUACCCUGAAGAAGCUUUAUGGAAUGUUCCUAGAAGAUGGGUAUAGUAGAGAGUCGAUUGUAGAAAUGAUAGCAUUGCAUGUAGAAGCUUCUUUUCCGGAGCCGGAAAUCUGGAAAGAGUUUGCCUCUUGCUUGCUUCUCUUCUUUGAGAAUCUUGAUGAAGACCGUAUGUCAAUAUGUUUCGACGGCUCUGGAGAAGAAAGUAAUCAACAAAAUUUCUCUGUUCGAUACAACCCGACACCUAAGAUGUUCACCGAUACAUCAUGGACACUUCGGGCUAAGUGGUGGCUAAACCGCCAUUUCUCCUCGGAAAUACUCGAGACAGAAAUUAAAAAGUUCGAAAAGCUCGAGGCAGAAGAAGAAAACGGAGGUUUGGAGAUGAUGAGAUUGAUGAGUUACAAAGCGGCAUGUGCAAGUCAUAUCUAUGGACCAGAGUUUAGUUAUGUUACAAUAGUGUACGGUUUGUUGGAGAAUAAAUGCUACAACAUAGAAUUGUUAAACUCCUUGCAAACACACAGACGAAAUUUUAAUUGUUUACACAUAUUAUAGAAUAGACCUAUUUUGGUGUUAUUAUAAUUUUUUGGUUCCCACUAUGUAAGCUUUAUUUUGAUGGAACAUGCAUGACUUACUAAAUUUGAGGUCUUAUGCAUGUAUAUGGAAGAUAUAGGUGAAUAACUUUU